GCCACCAUGCCUUCCGACCAGCCAUCCCCGCCUAGUCAUCCACCCAAGCCUGGGAAAAAGACUACCCUGGGCCGGUCCUCGAAGCCAGAGAGCCUCAGCUCAGAGGGCUGCCCAGGGCAGGCCAAGAAGGCGACGGCGGGCCUCGAUUCCAGCGGGAAGUCCCAUCAUUCGUCCAGUGAAGUGGAGAAGGACUCUGGGUUUUCAGAUGUGAGCUCGGAGUACCUGAGCACCGUGGAGCAGACCGACACGGAAGACCAGCCCGCCUCCUCGCUUCGCCGCCCCGUCAAGCUGCAGAGGGCGCCGCUAAAGGCAUCCGGGGCCCUCCCUGGCAGCACCUUCACUGGCCUUGCGCCCAUGUACAUUGUCAAAAAUGUUGCCCUCAAACAGCCCCUGGGUCCGUCCGCCCCGACCCAGUUCCUGGCGUGGAGCAGCCAGCACCCCCUCAACAGCCUCCAGGGCUCUCCUGCCCGCGUGCUCUUCAUACAGCAGCCAUUGGCCGCCUUGAAGCCCCUGCUUCCUAGCCAGAAACCAGCUGCCAAGGAAACCUGCCCACCCAGCCUCAGCACCUAUCCCAAAAUCGCCCCUCAUCCCAGCCGGGACCGGCAGGCCAAGGCAGGACCAGUGGCCUCUGCGGCAGGAAACAUCAGCAAGAACAAGCGCUUCUGCCUGGAAGAGAUCUGGGUGUCGUCUUCCGAACCCGUGGCACCAAAACACGGUGGGGAGAAGCAGGGAAGGGAGCCGCUGCCGUCUCCCUUGGACCAGCCAGCACCUGCUGCUGUUGGCCUGGAGGCCCUCUCCCAGAAUGUCGUCACCUCGUCCACCGGCUCCGGGACGGCUGACUUGGACCAGGCGGAGGUGCGGAUGAUCUCCAGAGCCUCCAAGAAGCUGGGCUUCAGCAGCCUGGGCAAGCAGCGCCGUUUUCACAACACGGUCGAGAUCCUCCGGAAGUCGGGGCUGCUGGGCAUCACGCUGAGGACCAAAGAGCUGAUCCGGCAGAACAGCAGCACGCAGCGGGACUUGGCUGACCUGCGGGAACAGGCCCAGCUCCUCUGCGAGGCCGUCCAGAGUAAUGAUGCCCUCGCCUGGACUCGCCUCCAGGAGGCCGUAAGCCGCUCUGCGGAUUACUGGGCUAGCAAGGGUGCCACUUCCUGCCCACCACAAGGGGGGCAGAUCCUGGCGGCUGAGGCUGGGGGAUCUCCCCCCAGUUCACCCAUAAAUUUGUCCAUCGCGCCUCACACUUUGGCGGACCUAGCGCUGCCUUAG